GGUCGGCGGUGUGGUGUGGCUUUAUUUCUUCAUCUCUUCUUUCUCCGUUGAGUGGGAUCAGAGCGGGAUGGUCCGGGGGUGCGUGGCCGGGCUGCUGCUGCUGUGCGCCGGCAGCGCGGUGCUGAGUCUGCCGCAGUCAGGGCGGAGCAGAGACCAGCAGGAGGUCGCGCUGGACACAGCGUUCAAGGAGGCGACACGGUACACUGGACUGCAGGAAGGCUGUAUGGAGGGUGACCGGUUCCACAGAGUGCGGGACCAGUGGGAGAGACCCUACAUGGGCAGCACUUUACUCUGCACGUGUCAGGGGACGGCGGGCAUCACAUGCGAGUCCAAACCUGCAGUUGAGGAGACCUGUUACGACAAAAUAAACAUGAGGUCGUACCGCGUCGGGGAGACGUACGAGCGGCCCAAAGACAGCAUGAUCUGGGACUGCACCUGCAUUGGCUCCGGCAGGGGCAAAAUCAGCUGCACCAUAGCAAACCGCUGCCAUGAAGGAGGGCGCUCGUACAGGAUCGGAGAGACGUGGACGCGCCCUCACGACACCGGGGACUACAUGCUGGAGUGUGUGUGUCUGGGGAACGGGAAGGGAGAGUGGACCUGCAAACCUGUCGCUGAGCGUUGCUACGAUUCCUCUUUGGGUUCCUCAUAUGUGGUUGGUCAGACUUGGGAGAAGCCUUACCAGAGCUGGAUGAUUGUGGACUGCACAUGCUUGGGAGAAGGUAGUGGACGCAUCACCUGCACCUCCAGAAACCGCUGUAAUGACCAGGACACAAGGGCGUCGUACCGCAUUGGUGAGACCUGGACCAAAGUGGACUCUCAUGGGAACACGCUGCAGUGCCUGUGCACAGGGAACGGGCGAGGAGAGUGGAAGUGUGAGAGACACACCUCUGAGAGACGCACUGCUCUUGAUACCAGAUUAGCCGUGUCAGCUCGGGUUCAUCCUGUGACCCACCAGGUGGACAUCCUGAACCAGCUGGUCGAGGAAGAGGGUUCCUGCCGCACGGCUUCUGGAGUCACCUACUACAACGGGAUGAGCUGGGUCCAAACGCAGGGCAGCCAGCAGAUGAUCUGCACCUGUGUUAACGGAGGAAUCGGCUGCGAAGAGUGGGAUGGUCAGUCUCAGGUGUACGGUGGAAACUCCAACGGUCAGCCAUGUGUGUUCCCCUUCGUAUUUGGAGGAAAGACGCACUACUCCUGCAUCUCCGAAGGCCGCACGGACGGACAGCUCUGGUGCAGCACCACCUCCAACUACGACUCUGACGGCCAGUACUCUUUCUGUACCCAGAGGAAUCUGGUGGUGAUGACCCGUGGUGGUAACUCGAACGGCGCCCUGUGCCAGUUCCCCUUCAUCUACAAUGGACGCAACUACACGGACUGCACCGCCGAUGGCCGCCGCGACGGCAUGAAGUGGUGCGGCACCACCACCAACUACGACGAAGAGCAGCGCUUCGGCUUCUGCCCCAUGGCUGCUCAUGAAGAAAUCUGCACGGUCAAUGAUGUGAUGUAUCGCCAGGGUGACGAGUGGGACAAGCGCCACGACACUAUGGGUCACAUGAUGCGCUGCAAGUGUGAGGGCAACGGCCGCGGCGAGUGGAGCUGCAUUGCCUACUCUCAGCUCCGAGACCAGUGUAUCGUAGAGGGAGUGACAUAUGAGGUGAACCAGAACUUCGACAAGCGCCACACCGAGGGCUAUAUGAUGAACUGCACUUGCUUCGGCCAGGGCCGCGGACGCUGGAAAUGCGACGCUGUUGAUCAGUGCCAGGAGCCAGAGACCAAGGUGUUUUACCAGAUUGGAGAAUCAUGGGACAAGAACAUCCAAGGCAUCCGUUACCGAUGCCAUUGCUAUGGAAAUGGCAUUGGAGAGCUGGCCUGCGAGCCUCUGCAGUCCUCAGUUCCAGUCCGCGUGAUCAUCACCGAGACAGGAAACCAGCCCAACUCUCACCCCAUCCAGUGGAAUCCCCCUUCAACUGCCCACAUUGUCGAGUACAUUCUCAAGUGGAGAGUGAAAAACACGCGUCAGCCGUGGAGACAGGUCAUCAUUCCUGGCCACGUAAAUUACUACACCAUUUCAGGACUCAAGCCUGGUCUGACCUACGAGGGCCAGCUCGUUAGCAUCCUUCGCUCCGGUCGCAGAGAGGUCACCAGAUUCGACUUCACCACCUCCUAUGGCUCCUUGAUUCCCACUGAAGGUGAGACCACUCAGCCUCCCCGCAUGGUGGACACCUCAGAGUCGGUCACUGAAAUCACCUCCAGCAGCUUCGUCAUCUCCUGGGUGUCCGCCUCCGACACUAUUUCCGGUUUCAGAGUGGAGUAUGAGCUGUCUGAGGAAGGAGCCACACCCAAAGUGAUCGAACUCCCGCGCACGGCCACGUCGGUCAACAUCGACAACCUCCUGCCUGGACGCAGAUACAACGUUCAAGUGUAUGAGAUUCAGCCAGGGAAAGAGGACAACAUCAUCCUGACCACCACGCAGACCACCGCUCCUGACACUCCUACUGACCACAGGGUGACGGGCGUUGACGAGACGUCCAUUGUGAUCUCAUGGAACAGACCACAGGCUCCGAUUACCGGUUACCGUGUGGUCUACGCCCCGUCCGUGGAGGGUAGCAGCACUGAGCUCAUUCUGCCUGACACGGUGACCUCUGUAACCCUGGCCGACCUCCGGCCCGGAUCGCAGUACAACGUCACCAUCUACGCUGUGGAGGACAGCAUGGAGAGCGAGCCGGUGGUCCUGCAGGUCAGCACUGCUGGAGAACCACAGCCUGAGGAGAUCCCUGCGCCGACCGAGCUGCAGUUCUACGAAGUGACCGAUACUAAGAUCACCAUCACCUGGACUGGCCCCCCGAGCGAGGUGUCGGGCUACAGAGUGACCUUUGAACCCGUGACCCCCGAUGACCGACCCCAGAGAGCGCUGCAGCUUCCUAUCACGCACAACGCCUUCGCCGAGAUCACGCGACUGCAGCCCGGCACCCUCUACCGCUUCCACAUCUACGCCGUCCACGGAGGAGUGGAGAGCCAGCCACUGGUGGGAGACCAGAGGACCAAACCCGACGCUCCAACUGACCUGCGCUUCACUGACAUCACGGAGGACAGUGCUCUGGUCAUCUGGUCCGCUCCCCGAGCCCAGGUCACGGGCUACAGCCUCUUCAUCACCACCGAGGGCUCCGCCCACAAACAUCUGAGGAUUUCACCCCAUGAGUCUCAGUACACUCUCCACAGCCUGCAGCCAGACAAGGACUACAUCGUCGUCCUGCACUCGGAGCAGGACAGCACCCUCAGCGAGGGCGUCAGGGGCACCUUCACCACCUCUCUGCCAAUGGGCAGUGCUCCCCGCUUCUCCACAGAAGUCACCGACACCUCCAUCGUCAUCUCCUGGACUCCUGUUCCACGAUUUAGCUACAAAUUGUCUGUCAGGCCCAGUCAGGGUGGCGAAGCGCCCAGAGACGUGACCUCCGGCUCCGGAAGCAUCUACGUCUCCGGACUCACCCCUGGAGUGGAGUACACCUACUCCGUCCAGCCCAUCGUCAGCGGCCGCAAGCAGGGCAGCCCCAUCACACGCACUGUUGUCACACCUCUGUCUCCACCGACUGACCUGAACCUGAUCUCGAGCCCAGACACCGGCGAGCUCAGAGUGAGGUGGCGCGGCACUCAAACGCCCGAUAUCACUGGUUACCGGGUGACCUGCACUCCCACUAACGGUCAGCGGGGGAACUCUCUGGAGGAGUUUGUGAGAGGUGGACAGACGUCCUGUACUCUGGAGAACCUGAGUCCAGGAGUGGAGUAUAACGUCAGCGUUUACACAGUUAAAGACCACUUGGAGAGCGAGCCCAUCUCUGCCACGGUCACUCAGGACGUGCCGAAGGUGCAACACCUCGGCCGCGUCGAUGUGACCGACACCACCAUCGGGAUUAGCUGGACUCCGCUAAAUCACACGGCCAUUACGGGCUACCGCAUUGCGGUGGUGGCGGCCGGCGAGAGUUUACCUCUUCUGGAGGACUCGGUGAACUCCUCCGCCAGAUAUUAUACGGUGCGGGGGCUGGAGCCGGGCAUCGAUUACCACAUCAGCGUCACGGCCGUUACCGAGGAAACCGAGGGCCAGCCCGCGACCAUCACACAGCAGACCCAACCUGCCAUCCCGUCCCCUACCAACCUGAACUUCGGCGAGGUGGGGCCUGACUCCAUGCGGGUGUCAUGGACACGCCCCUCCGUCCAGCCGUCCGAGAUCAGCCGCUUCGUGAUCCGCUACCACCCCUCCAACAACGAUGAUGACGUUCAUGAGGUCAAUGUGGGUGGAGCCACCAACACCUUCCUCCUGUCAAACCUGCUGCCAGUUACCGAGUACCUGGUGACCGUGGUGUCCGUGUACGAUGAGAGAGAGAGUGCACCGAUCUCCGGUAGACAGAAAACAACGCUGGACUCCCCCACCGGUCUGGACUUCUCUGAUGUUUUAACCAGCUCCUUCACCGUCCACUGGAUUGCUCCGCGGGCCGUCAUCACGGGCUACCGCCUGCGCUACCAGCCCACCACUGGGGGGCGCUAUAAGGACGAGCGCCUGCCCCCUACAAGAACGCAGUACACCUUGACCAACCUGGCCCCCGAGACAGAGUACAUCAUACAUAUCUAUGCUCUCAGCGGCCCCCAGGAGAGCCUCCCACUGACCGGCACACAGGCCACCAUUACUGAUGCUCCCACUGACCUGGAGGUGACCUCAUCCACCCCGAACAGCAUCACCAUCUCCUGGGAGGCUCCUGCCAUUCCAGUGCGCUACUACAGGAUCACACAUGGAGAAACAGGAGAGAGCGGCCCACCCAAAGAGUUCAGAGUGCCGGGCACUGAGUCGACGGCCACCAUCCCUGGCCUGCGUCCAGGAACCGAAUACACCAUCACCGUCUACGCCGUCACGGGCAGAGGAGACAGCCCCGCCUCCAGCACACCCACCAUCAUCACACACAGGACCGGCACUGACGGCGUCCCGUCGCCCUCCGAUCUGGACGUGACUGACAUCCAGGACAAUACCCUCACGGUCCGCUGGAGCCCUGCCAGAGGUCCCAUCACCGGCUACAGAGUCACGGGCACCCCUAAAGACGGAGUGGGACCCUCCUUCACCAAGGAGGUGGGCCCUGAUCAGACGGAGAUGCAGGUGACAGGCUUGAAGCCCACAGUGGAAUACGUGCUGAGUGUUUAUGCUCUCAGCCCUGAAGGACAGAGCCCCCCGGUGGUGGAGAGAGCUACUACAAGUGAGACGGCACACCGUCCUAAAGACCUGACCUUCUCCGAUGUGGACACCACCUCCCUCAGGGUGACAUGGGAUGUCCCGCUGGGUCCGGUGACCUCCUACCGCGUUCUGUACUCCAGCCCAGAGGAGGGAGAGCGGGAGUGGCGUCCAGCGCCGAGCGGGCAUGACGACAGCGUGCUUCUCCGAGGUCUGCGUCCAGGAACCGAGUACACGGUCAGAGUGAUCGCCAUGAGCGGCGGCAGCCCCAGCACCACGCUGCAGGGCACUCAGGCCACAGCCGUUCCCGCCCCCACUGACAUCCAGUUUGGCGACGUGGGCCCCUCCUCCUUCAUCGUACUGUGGCGAGCCCCCAGCGCCCGGCUUAGUGGCUACCGCGUGCGGGUCACCCCCAAGAACAACAUCGUCCCACCUAAAGAGAUGAACGUAGCUCCUGACUCCACGCAAGUGACUGUGCCUGGACUUCUGGUGGCCACUUUGUACGAGGUACAUGUGUACGCCCUGAAGGAUUCCUUCAGCAGCCGGCCCUUGAUUGGAGAAGUGACAACUACUGAAGAUGUCAGCCCACCCCGGCGUGUCCGUAUCUCAGAUGUGAAGGAAUCGAGCAUCACCCUCACCUGGCGCACCAAGACUGAACCAAUGACGGGCUUCCUCAUUGAGGCCACGCCCACCACAGGCAGUUACCCAUCUAUCAGGAAGAUCAUCCCGGCUGAAGCACGCAGCGUCACCAUCACAGGUCUCCAGCCUGGCGUCUCGUACACAAUCAACAUCUACACCCUAAAUGGAGACAGCCGCAGCCCCCCUUUCACCCUCACCGUCACCACAGCUCGGCCCGCCGUCCAGUCACCUACAAACCUGCAGUUCACGUCUCUGACCCCCACCUCCAUCUCCUUCACCUGGCAACCUCCCACCACCCACAUCACAGGAUAUUACGUCACCUACGAGGAAGCUGGCAGCACCCCAAGUGAACUCAUACCACGUCCACACGCUGGAGUGAACUACGCCACCAUCACGGGUCUGAAACCAGCCACUGAAUACAUCAUUAAGAUCGUUGCUCUCCAGAACACCCAGAGAAGCCCCCCAUUGGUGGGCAAGGCCAGAACCCAGGACUCUUCGCUGCUUCUGCCCACCCUUCCGCGCCUCGGCACCCAUGACCGCUUGGAUGUGCCCGAGGUGGAUAUUGAUGACAACCGGGUGCACGUGGCGGGCCCCACGGCCCCACCGAGGGAGGCCGAGCGCGGCCAGCAUGUGGAGUACACCGAGUUUAACAAUCAUCCAGACCAGCCCAGCACACCACACGGGGGCUACCAGCCCACCCGGAUCCGCCCCCACGUCCCCAGCGUCGGGGAGAGCCUGGUGUAUGUUCCCCAUGCGGGGCCGGACGGGGUGCGGGUGCCUGUGGUGGUGCAGGUUAGUGAGAGGCCCGGCCAUAGCCUGCCUUUCGAUUUUCCAGGCAACCAGACGGGCACGCCGCAGGAGGCCCAGACCCAGACCACCAUCUCCUGGCAACCAUACCAGCAGAGCACCGCCUACCUGGUGUCCUGCCACCCCAUCACACAUGGGGACGAGAAGAUGUUCCAGAUGCGUCUUCCCUCGACCUCCACCAGCGCCACGCUGAUCGGCCUCACGUCCGGAGCCUCAUACAACGUUAUCGUGGAGGCCCUGAAGGGGGCGCUGAAGCACAAAAUCCUGGAAGAGAUCAUCACAGCGGGCAACACAGUCCCAGAGGGCGUUUCACCCAGCAAGGAUGCCUGCUACGACACGUUCACCGCUACCUACCACAACGUCGGGGAGGAGUGGGAGCGCAUGUCCGAGACCGGCUUCAAACUCUGGUGCAGAUGCCUCGGCCUGGGCAGCGGUCACUUCAGAUGUGACUCUUCCAAAUGGUGCCAUGACAGCGGCAACAACUACCGCAUCGGAGAGAAGUGGGACAGACAGGCAGAAAACGGUCAGAUGAUGAGCUGCACCUGCCUCGGCAACGGCAAGGGAGAGUUCAAAUGCGAGCCACAUGCGUCCACAUGCUAUGACGAUGGAAAGACGUACCAGGUCGGAAACCAGUGGCAGAAGGAAUAUCUGGGAGCCAUCUGCACCUGCACCUGCUACGGGGGACAGCAGGGUUGGCGCUGUGAGAACUGCAGAAGGCCAGGAGCUGAGGUUGAUGCAGGUUUGCUGAAGCCAGUCCGUUCAGACGCCUAUAGCCGCUACCACGAGGGCACCGUACGCAAAGUGAACAUCCAGUGCCCCAUUGAGUGCCUCCGACCGGAGCUUUUGGCUGAUGCCGUGGCCAACCCCCACCCCAGAGAGUGACCCAGCCCCCCCUCCAGACCUUCCUUCUAACCCACCCCCUCUCCUUUUAAGUGGGGCUCUGUAUGGACAUGUGACGUCUGUGAGACCGUACUAACCCCGUAGUGCCUUAAAGCCUUCCUUUUGGUUACCAUAAUCGCCACCGCCGUCCUACUGCUGCUUCUCAGCCAAUCAGAGAGCCCACACGAUUCCAUAGCGAUAGCUUCUGUUCUUCUCAUUCACUGUUAGGAAUUGUUGAGGCAAUUGAUUGGCUGUCAGUUUUUUCUUUUUUUAUUCUUUACAAAACAAACAAAAAGACCUAAAGAGAAACUAAAUUUAACCACAGUGUGACAGACUAUGAAUUUGAACUGUAUGGGAAGAGCUCGUGAAGUGACUGACCAUGGCUGUCCAUUUGCCUCUGAAGGCAGACUUAAAAAUACCCCGCCAGUAUUACAAGAAAUCAGUGGAUAAAUCUAUUUUUGUAAUUGCGUAUGAGACAAAAAGAAUGAGUCUAAAAAUCGAGCACUGUUUUUGUGAGAAUGUUGGAGUUUCGCUCCGGUUCAUUUGAGGUUCGUACCAGGUUUUAUUUAGUCCUUUGUGUUUUUCUCUCUUCUAUGGCUCAAGUUUGUUUGAAGCCAGCACUGUUUUUAGAUUAUGACACUUGAUUUUGGUAAUUUGAUGGAAUUUGAUUUCAUUUCUCUAACUUCUUUAAUGUUUUUUUUUGUUUAUUUAUCCCUUCGUUCCUCAAAUGUUUUCUUUCUAUCGCGAUUAAAAGAGUGUAAAGGUUUUUUUGUACUGUAGGUGCCAAAGUCUUCACUACUGUCAAAUUCCCAUUUUUGAUAAAGUUUUACAAAGAACCUCAAA